AUGGGUCCCGGAGGAGGAAAAGGUGUCCGAGGAAUUACAGGACCAACAGGAAACCCAGGCCCUAAUGGACCUCCAGGUCCUAAAGGUAGCACUGGUGAUCCAGGAGAUGAAGGGGAAGUAGGUCAACCUGGACCACCUGGACUAAACGGAGCCAGUGGGAAUCCAGGAAAGCCUGGAUCCUCAGGUGAUCCCGGUGUCAAAUCCAGGAGAGGUGAGAAGGGGGAUCCAGGAUUCAAGGGAGCCCAGGGUCCUCGUGGACCUCCAGGUAAGCCGGGAUCAAAGGGGCACGCGGGGCCAACGGGACUUGAGGGACUUGGAGGACAUGCAGGGCUACCAGGACUUCCUGGACCUGCUGGCUUUGAUGGCAUCAUGGGAGAGCCGGGGAAGCAGGGAAAAGAUGGCUCCAAGGGAAACCGAGGACCAGCUGGUAUUCAAGGAAGUCCUGGAUCUCGAGGCAAUAAGGGGAAGAUUGGAGUCCCGGGGAUGCCGGGUUCAAAAGGCCUGAAGGUGACCAUGCUGUACAUGGAGAAUCUGGCAGCAGAGGAACGAAGGGGACAUCGGGACAGCCAGGAAGGAGAGUAUGUUACUGUGCAGCUGUAUGGAGAGUACUCCUGUGGGGUUGUAGGUAAACAAGGCCCCAGUGGACUAACAGGAAGUAAAGGAUUUAAGGGUACAAGAGGAGAGGAGGGACCGAAAGGAAUACAAGGCCCCCGAGGAGAGAUGGGCAUGGCUGGACCACAGGGAUACAGAGGCGCUCCUGGUAUCCACGGCAACAUUGGACCAUGGGGUGAAGUUGGGUCCCGUGGUCUUCCAGGCGGUCAAGGUCCACAAGGCCCAGUUGGUCCUCCUGGAGUUACAGGUUACUCUGGUAAAGAUGGAAGUCAGGGGCCAUCUGGAUCAGGCGGUGUAAAAGGAGAUAAGGGAUCCAGAGGACCUGUGGGGCAGGAGGGAGCUGCUGGUCUCGAUGGUGAGGAGGGUCCAAACGGACAGAAAGGAUUUCAAGGGCCAGCCGGCCAAAAAGGCUUAUCUGGUGUUAUGGGAAACACAGGACCUCCUGGGCAGAAAGGACCAAAGGGGUCUGAGGGUGAAAGAGGAAACCAAGGUUCACAGGGACCGAAGGGGCCACAAGGGAAACGGGGGUACAGGGGUGCACCCGGAGAUAGAGGACAGCAGGGGCCCCCAGGACUCAAGGGUGAGCCAGGCCCCAGGGCUUUAUCAGGCACUCGUGGGCCAUUUGGAGCUGGAGGCCAAACUGGGGCAGCAGGAACGAAAGGCCAGAAAGGGCUCCAGGGACUCGCUGGUCCUCCUGGUACUACGGGCCCUCCUGGACCCACUGGACCGUCACCAGCUGGAUUACCUGGCAAGAGAGGUGCUGAAGGUAAAGGUGGAGCGCCUGGAGCAAAGGGCAGUCUUGGUGAAAAGGGUAUGCUGGGUCUUCCAGGCAUUCGGGGAGACGUGGGCAUCAGGGGUAUGAAAGGCGUAAAAGGCGAGUCUGGAACACGAGGGAAAGUGGUAAGACUGGUAAGAGAGCAUUCUUAA